CAUAAGUUUAUAAGUUUCUCAAGCAGUAACGUCAUAAUUUCUGAUCGCAUCUGUUUUUUUAAAACUUGAAUUGAAAAUAAAGCUCCGAAAAAUGGCUAAAAAUAUUAUGUUAUUUUUAACAUUUUUUUCAUUUUGUAUUGCUAUCACGUUUGCAAGAUACGAUCCGACCAAUGGUAGAUUCAAUUACCGAUGUCUGCAAAAUUCUGCAAUAGUAAGUUACGACGCUCCAGCAUUGCAUAAAGUGAGUUUUUCGGUUUGGAGUGCAAACCCAAAUUGCAGUAAGGAUUUUGAUGCAAAUGAAAAGGCACAGUGGGAAAUGACUUUUAACGAAUGUGCUACACCAGGAACAAGAUACAUCAACAUGGAUUUGAGAUCAUAUAGACCUGGAAAUAGUGACGCUUCACUUUACUCUCUUAAAGUCGAUUGUGACAAUGAAAGUCGUUAAUUAACAAUAAAAAAUUACAAUAUCAGAUACUGAAAAUUCGAUAAAAAAUAUCUAAAUUAAUCAGUUUAUCACUUAUUUAAAUUUGUACGAGUAUUAUAUAUAUGUAUUAAUCAAAUGAAAACAUUUUUAUAGAACAAUGUAUGUGUUUUUAUU